UUACAAAAAAAAAUUAUUCUAUUCAAACUCACUUACAAAGACCCAUGCUGUGAGAAGCAAAGGUUUCUUCCCGUUUCUUCAUCAAUGGAGGAGAAGAGUAAAGUCCUUAUAAUAGGAGCAACUGGAAGAUUAGGUUACCAUUUAGCUCAAUUCACCCUUCAAUUUGGUCACCCAACUUAUAUUCUCAUAAGAGAUUCUUCUUUAAAUGACCCCAACAAAGCUCAAAAACUCAACUUUCUCUCCACUGCUGGUGCCAUUCCCCUCAAGGGUUCACUUGAAGAUGAAAAUAGUCUCAUGGAAGCAGUGAAACAAGUGGAUGUAGUUAUUUGUUCAAUCCCAUCAAAACAAGCUCUUGAUCAAAAACUACUUGUUAAGGUUAUUAAAGAAUCUGGGUGUAUUAAGAAGUUCAUACCUUCUGAGUUCGGUGUAGAUCCCGACAAAAUUCAGAUAUAUAACUUGGUUCAUCGUUUCUACGCUGGAAAAACUGAGAUUAGACGUCUUAUAGAAGCUGAAGGUAUUCCUUAUACUUACAUUUGCUGCAACCUAUUCAUGGGUUAUUUACUUCCUUCGUUAGCUCAACCUGGUUUAAAGGCUCCCCCGAGGGACAAGGUCACUAUUUUCGGAGAUGGAAAUGCUAAAGCCGUCUUUGUGAAGGAUGUUGACGUUGCUGCAUGCACCAUCAAUGCCAUAGAUGAUCCUCGAACGCUUAACAAGACAUUGUAUUUGAGACCCCAAGGGAAUGUAUACUCCAUCAAUGAGCUUGUAGCAAUGUGGGAGAAUAAAAUUGGUAGGGAACUCGAGAAUGUUCAUGUACCGGAAGAGGAGCUUCUUCUGAAAAUCAAAGAGAGUUCAUAUCCGGACAACUUGGAGAUGAUUUUCAUAUAUUCAGCCUUUGUGAAAGGAGAUCAUACAUAUUUUGAUAUUGAUGAGUGUGGGGUUGAUGGGACCGAACUCUAUCCACACUUGAAAUUCACUACAGUUAGUGAGCAUUUAGAUACUUUAGUGUGAAUAAAUCAUUACUUUAUAAACCAA